UGAGGAUGAGUUCCAAAGCUCAGAAAAUGAAAUUGAAUGAUGGUCACUUCAUUCCUGUACUGGGCUUUGGCACUUUUGCGACUGAAGAGCAUCUCAAGAAAAAGUCUAUGGAAUCUACCAAAAUAGCUAUAGAUGUUGGAUUCCGCCACAUUGAUUGUUCUCACUUCUACCAAAAUGAAGAAGAGGUGGGACAGGCCAUUUGAAGCAAGAUUGAAGAUGGCACUGUGAAAAGGGAAGAUAUAUUCUACACUUCAAAGCUUUGGUCCACUUUCCAUCGUCCGGAGUUGGUCAGACCUAGCUUGGAAAGUUCACUGAGGAAACUUAAUCUGGACUAUGUUGAUCUCUAUCUCAUCCAUUUCCCAGUGUCUCUGAAGCCAGGGGACAGACUUUUACCUCAAGAUGAGCAUGGAAAUUUAAUACUUGACACAGUGGAUCUCUGUAUCACAUGGGAGGCCAUGGAGAAGUGUAAGGAUGCAGGAUUAGCCAAGUCCAUUGGGGUGUCCAACUUUAACCGUAGGCUGCUGGAAAUGAUUCUGAAGAAACCAGGUCUCAAAUAUAAGCCUGUAUGCAAUCAGGUCGAAUGCCAUCCUUACCUUAACCAGAGCAAGUUGCUGGAUUACUGCAAGACGAAUGACAUCAUUCUGGUUGCCUAUGGUGCUCUGGGAACUCAGAGAUAUAAAAAUUGUACUAAUGAGGACACCCCAGUUCUCUUGGAAGAUCCAGUUCUUUGUGCCAUGGCAAAGAAGUACAAGUGGACUCCUGCCCUGAUUGCCCUUCGCUACCAGCUGCAGUGUGGGAUUGUGGUCCUGGCCAAGAGUUUCAGUGAGGAGCGAAUCAGAGAGAACAUGCAGGUUUUUGAUUUCCAGUUGGCUUCAGAUCAUAUGAAAAUUCUAGAUGGCUUGAACAGAAAUUUACGGUAUUUUCCUGCUGAUAUAUUCAAGGCUCAUCCCAGCUUUCCAUUCUGUGAUGAAUAUUAACAUGGAGGCCUUUGCCAUGUGUUCUGUUAGAAGCUCUUGUGUGUGAUACUGGACUCUCAUAUGUUGAAAGCUUGACACAUAACCUUCAAUCCAUGUUGCUUAGAAACUCACCCUCAGUUUGAGCUAUGAGUAUAUGUCAGGUAGCAAAAGCACUAAAUUUUAGUUCUUUUUUGCAAAUAAAUAAAAAUAUUUUGCU